GUGUUCCAGGACCUUGGCACUUCUGUAUUGUCAGGUGCAUUUAGAGGAUACAACAUCUGCCUCUUUGCGUAUGGACAGACAGGUUCAGGAAAAACGUACACAAUGCUGGGAACACCUGCAUCCAUUGGGCUGACACCUCGUAUAUGUGAGGGCCUGUUUUCAAGGAAGGAUGAUUACUCAGACCAGACAGCAUCUUGCAGAGUAAAGGUCAGUUUUCUUGAAAUCUAUAAUGAGCGUGUCCGAGAUUUGUUAAAACAAUCAGACCAAAAGAAACCUUACACACUUCGAGUGCGAGAACACCCUGAAACAGGACCAUAUGUACAAGGAUUGACUCAACAUUUAGUUACAGACUACAAGCAAGUUGUAGAACUUCUAGAAGAAGGAAUAGCUAAAAGAAUCACAGCAGCUACACAUAUUCACAACGCCAGCAGCAGAUCCCAUGCUAUCUUCACCAUCCACUACACUCAGGGUAUAUUGGAGAACAAUCUCCCCUCUGAAAUUGCAAGCAAGAUCAACUUAGUGGACCUCGCAGGCAGUGAAAGAGCUGAUCCCAGUUACUGUAAAGAUCGAAUUACUGAAGGUGCCAAUAUUAACAAGUCACUAGUUACACUUGGAAUUGUCAUCUCCACUUUAGCACAAAAUUCACAGAUGUUCAGCAGCUGCCAGAGCAUAAACACCAUAACAAGCGAAGGAGAGAGCGCUCAUGCUGACAGUCCUUCCACAAGCAGCAUCAGUGGGACCAGGAGACCAGCGUACAUCCCAUACCGUGACUCCAUCCUCACCUGGCUUCUGAAGGACAGUCUGGGUGGCAACUCCAAGACCAUUAUGAUUGCCACUAUCUCUCCUGCCAGCUCCAGCUACAAUGAGACCAUGAGUACAUUGAGAUACGCUUCAAAUGCCAAAAAUAUUAUUAACAAGCCCAGAGUGAAUGAGGAUGCAAAUGUAAAACUGAUCAGAGAACUGCAAGAAGAAAUUGAUAGGUUGAAAACUAUGCUGAUGAGCUUUGAACUGAGGAAUUCCAGUCCUUCUUGGAGCGAUGACAGAGAUGGAAAUCUGACUGAGCUGGUUCUUCAGAAUGAAAUGAAGAUUGAGCAAUUGACCAAAGACUGGACAAGUAAGUGGACAGACAGGAAAGCCAUCAUGGAAGAAUACAGUGUGGACAUCAACAAAGAAAAAGCUGGAGUAACGAUAGAUUCUAGUUUACCUCAUCUAAUGGCCAUGGAUGAUGAUAUCCUCAGCACAGGAGUGGUGCUGUAUCAUCUCAGGGAAGGAACAACCAAAAUUGGAAGAAGUGAUUCAGACCAAGAUCAAGACAUUGUUUUGCAGGGACGGUGGAUUGAAAAGGACCACUGUAUGAUAGAUAACAACUGUGGGAUUGUGACACUGCGACCAGUUCAGGGCGCACACUGCACUGUGAAUGGAUGUGAAGUCACUGGAUCAUGUCGACUCUCACAAGGGGCCCUUGUUGUUCUUGGCAAGUCUCACAAGUUUAGAUUCAAUCACCCAGCAGAAGCUGCUAUCUUAAGACAAAGAAGAUCAAUUCAUGAAACCCCACCCAUUCUGAGUUGUGGAGAUUUGGACUGGCUCAACUUGGAUGGAAAUUGCACCCAUUCUCCUCACUAUAUCCUUUCUUCUCUUGACAAUCAAAAAUGUAGAAUCUGUAAAGAAAACAGAUGUUGUCCUGAACUAAGCAGAGAAAUAGAUGCUGUGCAUGAAGAAUACAAACAGAAACUGAGAGACCAGGAAGCUUUCCACAGGAAACAAAUUCAACAGCAGCAACUCUAUGUUGAGGAUUUAAAGCAGCAGAUCCUGAGAGGACAGAUCAAGGCAGAGCAGGAACUAGAAAAUGAUCAAGCACUAAUCAACCAGCAGAUCCAAGAAAACCAGCAGUGGCUUAUCAAUGAGAAUAAACGUCUGGCUGCCCUUCAGCAACAGCAGAGAGAGUUUGCAGUGCAAACAGAGUCUACGCUGUGUGCAGAGGCUGAGGUGCAGAGUAGCACUGGGCUGGAAAUCUGCCCUUCCCUGCUACAGCAGAACAAGAAGAGACUCGUGCAGCUGGAGCUCUUGCGAAGAUACUCCUUAAAAAAGGCAGAAGGAAGCAUACGACGGAAAAAGGUGAAAUUCGAGCUGGAAAGGAUAGUCAAGAAGCAGAAGUUACUGGAAGCUAAGCAAAACCUAGAGCAGCUGGAAACUAGCUGUUGGCUCCAUGAAGAGUGUGUGAAACAAUCCCAAGUCCUAAAUGAAAAUACUGCUGUACCAUCCUCUGCAGAUCACCAGCUGCAGAAGAGAAGGAAAUCAUUGGGUUGGAGUUCCUUGCAGCACAGGCAGCAUUCAUUCUGUAACCCGCAUCUGCCCCAGCUACCCAGCUGUUUGUUGAAGAGAGAGACUUUCUCCAAGUUAUCUACCUCGACAAAUAUUGACCGAUGCUGUGAAGGCAGAACAAGAGGGAGGCUGUCACCUGCAGUACGUCUUUACGGAAAAGUUAAAGAUAUUUCUGGGAGUGAUGACAGUAAUGAUGAAAAAGGGAUCUCCUUUUCAGUCCAGAGGCAGCUAACUGAAAAACAAAAACCAUCUUCAUUUGGAAAUAAAAAAGGAGUAGAAAAAGACUCUAAUGAUUCAGCUGUCAUGGCUUAUAUCAAUAAAAAUGAUCAAAAAAUUGAAAAGUUGGAUGACAGCCCAGGGCAAGCUAGAUCUCAAAAACAGACCUCUAAAGGCUCUUCUCCUGAUCUUUUUAAGGAGAAAGAUGAGCCUGAAGCCUUUAUUACAGGGACAAGAAUAACAAAAGCAAAGGUGCUAGGACAUUUAUGUCAGCCUGCAAGUAGCAAUCUAGAACAAAAUAGAGCUCAGGUAUCCAAUAAAAAGGCUAGAAUGGAUAUCAGUGGAAAAAGCUACAGGUCUUCUCCAGAAAACUCUCCAAAAGAAAUUAAGAAAACAGCGUAUGGAAACCCACCACCAGCACAUCUAAACCAAACAGCUAAGAGUUGGAAGACAGCGCCAAACUCGCCCUUGCCAAGUCAUGAGAAAUCAUCAGUGAAGCAGCAAGAAUUUCUGAUGGUGGCGACAUCGGUUGGAAAUCUCACUAAGAUGAGCACACAGGCACCACUCUCUUAUGUUGAAAAGAAGUGGCACAGUGCUGAGAUGCUAAGUGCUGGAGUGUCCAAAACUGCCACGGAUGUGCUGGGGAACUGGCAAGAGGAUGAUGAAAAUGAGAUUUCUGAUACCGACAGUUCCUACUCUGUAGAUUCUCUCUCCUGUGCUUAUGCAAAAGCUUUCACGGGGAAAUUGAAACUAGAAUAUUUUGACAGAAAUAAAUGUCUUGCCAACCCAGAAGAUUCUGAGAGUGAUGAUAGUCAAAUGUCACAAGACUCUCUGGUAGAAAAGGAAAAUAAAGCCAAAAAGCAAAAUAAAAGCCGAUUUCACAAGUCAAAAGCUUCCCAUGACCCAGCCAAGCUUUACGAAAGCAGAACCGAUCACCAUAUUUCAUCUUCAGUGACAUCAUACGCAUCUCGUAGGAGACUGGGAAAGCCUGAAAGAAGUUUUUCUCUGGACAGCUUAGCUGAUGGAGAAGAAAUGCCAGCAGAAGAUCUGGUAGAAGAAUCCAAAUCGGAUUCAUCAGAUGAAGUACCAGCAGAGAUUUUUUGGAAGUUGCAAACUCCUAGAUCACCAACUGUACAGACUGAGGAAGACCAUGAGUCCAAGGCCUGUGACAGAGAUACAGAAGGGACAAAUUAUGAUCUGAAGCUGAGCAGUUCCUUUUAUUUGGACACUAAACCACAGCCUGCUUCCAGUAAUGCUUGUAACCAGUUGCUGAAGGGGACAGAAGUCUCUUUUGUAGAACAGGAAAGGUCACUUGAUAGCAAACUCUACUACACAAGUGGAAAUCCUUUGCUUACUACGGAUGCUUGGUCUUCCUGUGACUCAAAGGUUGGCAUGAGCAGCCCCAGAAUAACAGUACCAUCAUCCCAUGAAAAUUUGGAGUUUCAAGAAGCUCACCUGUGCUUUUUGAGCAAACCAGAGCUUUGGCUGAAGAAAGAUGACCUAAAGCAGUCAGCUGCUGAAGUUUCUUUUGUUUCUGGCUCUAAGCAGAUACACAGCAUUACUCCUUUAUCACAUCGUAUAAAUGAAUUAAAUACAGUUUUCUCCUCUGACACAUCAGAAUUACCUUUACCUGAAACAACAACAACUGCAAGCAGAGUUUCUGAAAGUGGAUCAUUAAAUAAGAUUCUCAAGGGAUGGACAAACUCUAAUGAAAAUUCUUCCUUGGAAACUCAGGAUGUAAUGUCCUCAUUUGUUAGCUCAGUAGGACCAACCUCAUCUUUUGUUCCUGUUUCAGCAAAACGUGAUUAUUAUGAACAUUCAAGGUCAAAUCAUCCUGAACAAGAACAACUGAAUGAAUUAUCUACUUACAGGUCUACCACUGAAUGCACACAAAUGUUUAGUUGUUCGGGAAGCACCUCCACUGCAGACUGUUUGUCACUGGUAUCUAGGAAGGAGGAGGAUUCCUUCCCCAUGACUCAUCCAGAGGUGCCAAAAGAUCACAAUCGGAAAAAAUACCCUUUUAUUUCUGUGUUGCCUGUGCAUGUUUUGGGGCAGAGAAAUGGAUGCGUAGAUGCAGAUUUAGGAGAUGAUUUCUUCAGAACUUUUGAAAAGGAGGACCUAGAUGAUGACUACAACAACUUGAUGACAAAGUCAAGUGUAACAGAUUCAGGCAGCAGAAGUGCAUCUGUCAGUGCGCCUGCUGCUGGAUCUUCUAUAGGACUUGCUCAUAAUAAGGCCUCAGCACAGGCGUCUGCAGUAAAACAGGUCCAGUUUGGAAACCAUGGGCAGCUUUUUCCAAGAAGGGAAAUACCAGCAUGUUGUGAUGAAGGUUUCUUUCUCAGUGACUUAACAAAUAAGAACUGCUCUCUAGUAAGCAGUUACAAGCUUCAGACAUUGGCUGGGCAAGAAGCAGAAUCAGCUGUUACAGUAGGUGUCGUCAGAUCUGGGGAGAGUGAUUUGAAAACAAUGCAAGAAACGGAUGAUGGACAGAUAUCUGCCAAAGUAACAAGAGAGACAGUGUUUUCCUCACAGAAGACAACAUAUUGUUGUAAUCCUUUAGUUGUUGCUCACAGUGCAAGUUACGACCAAUCUGCAGCACCCAUAGAGGUGUCUCAAAAAGAGACUAUGUGUAUGGAAACAAGCACAGAUAGCUUGGCAGAGAUUGUACCAGAGGUGCCUUCCUUCAGAGAUAACGAAGAAUACGAACCAAAGGAUGAAGACUUGUCUUCACUGAAUCAUUAUGAACUCAAAAGCAAACUUGUUUCAACAAAUUUUUCCCAUGAAUAUGCUCUAGCAGACAGUCAGGAAAGUUGCUCAUCCCAUCAGAUUUCAGAAAAUUCUACAUUAUGCACUGAUAAUAUAAGAGAAGAAAGCAAUGAAAGCAAAGAACACAGUGCCUUGAAUUCUCAGGCUGUAGUUCAGAAAGAAUUUUCAUCCAAAUAUGAAAACUUAGUGGUAAAUGAAGUAAGUUAUCUCAUAGUCAAUGCAAAUGGGAAAGACACUGAGUCCUUCCCUGCUGCUAUUUGUGAAAAUACAAAUUAUUUUCUCCCAGAAUCAAAUUCAAGCAUAUUUUAUCAAGCUUCCACAACAGCUGAUCUUAUUCAAAGUGCGUCUGAGACUGAAAAUUCUGACAAACUAUUGGAGCAUGUCACAACAGUGAAAGAUUGUGAUGUUACGUCUAAUCUUGCUGUGGAAGUCAGCGCCACAGAAAGUUGUUCUGAUGUACGCUGCAGCAGCCUUUGCACAACAUGCUCUUCAGAUUCAACAGGGCAGAAAAGCAAUAUGUGUGAGAUGACUGACAUUUCUGUGGAAUUUGAUGCAACCACUCUCUUGGAAACAGAAACGCCAAACAAAUCUUUACUUGAAUCAGGAGAAGAGAAAGAAGCCUUUUUUGGAAGUGAUUGCCCAGAGGAUAUCUUGCUUGUUGAAAACAGUGUAAACUCAGAGUCAGGAAGAGUAUUGGAAUACCACACAAAUACAUCAGCUACUCUUUCUCAAGAGGAAAGUUUGUAUAGAAAUAAAGAAUCCAAUUUUUUAAGAAAUCCAGAAACCAAUCCGGAAGAAACUGUGGUUCCUUAUCAGAAUACAACAGCAAACACUGGUGAAGAAAUAACAAAAUGGAUCAAUAGUGCCAUCAACUUAGAAAAAAAUGCACUGGAAAUGAAAUCCAGGCAGAUUGAAAGUUCACCUGACUAUCCACCAGCUAAAGUGCAAAGUGUAACUGAAGACAGGAGCGGAGAGGAUUUUAAAGGCAUCGAUUUCUCUCAGAAUCCAAAAAAAACUAUUGAUACUGUAGCUUGUGAAGUUCAGUGUGAGUUUUAUACGAAUCUGUGCCUGACCCAUGGAGAGCCGGAGAAAGAUGAAGUGCAGGUAGCCAGCAGGAGGAUGGAACACGCUCAGGAAUCAAAAGCACUUGUGCGUUCUGGCAGCCGACUUGGAAGAAGCAGUUUUUGCCAAAAAGAAAACAGUGAGACAAUAGAAACUGAUAUUUAUUCACCAGAGUUCUCUGUUGCUCCUAAAAACGCUCCUUCAGCUGUGUGCUCCCACAUAAAUGUUGUUACUCGGAACACUCCAGGCUUCCCUGAUGCCUGUGAGGAGCUUUUACAGAUGAACAGAAUAACAGAAAAUGUGUUUAAUACAGAGGACAUAGCUGCAACAGUAUUAAUCACAGGUAGGCAAGGAAACAUUUCAGCAGAACCUGAAAAUCAAGGACAAGUAAAUCCUAGGAAUUUAACUGAAUGUUGUGUACCAAACUGUUUGCCCCAGGAAGACAAGGUCAAUGAAAAUGAAGUGACUGGGAGUGAAGAACAAAUGAUCAUGACAAAUACUGGGGGGCUGAUUAUUAAGAGGCAAGAAAUCAUACGCACAGAUGAAAAUGUUCUACUUACUGAAGAGUCUCCAGUUCUGCAUCAGAUGUAUUGUGACAGAGAUGACAAAGAGGAAAUUCUAAAUCAAUUUAAGAUCCCUGAAAGAUAUCUGACAGCUUCAGAACCAGAACAGAACGUACUGUUUGAAGAUGAUUCAAGACACCACGAUGUUACUGAAAUGAGUGAAGAUGGUGGCUCAGUGGACUCUGUUACAGAUCCAAGAAAUUCAGUCAUGAAAGAUGUCGAUGUAUAUGAAUAUACAGUCGAUGAUAAUACUGGUAUUGACCAAUAUAGACUUGACCAACCAUUUAAAGGUCUCCACGUUAAAGAGGACAGCCAUCAGUAUAUGAGUUGCUCUAUGCGAUAUCCUGAGCAUGGCACUUCAGGAAACUUGAAUAUAAGUAUUGCUAGAAAAAGACCUGAUAUUUGUGAACUGGAUCCAGGAUGCUCCAGUGUUGGGGCAGAGAAAGUGCAUUUGAUGAAUCUAGAACAAAUAGCCAAAACAGACGAAGAAAAGCAGAUGUUUGUAGAAAACGCAGAGGAGGUAAAACUGAUCAUUUUACAAAACCUGAAUGAACUAUUCCCUGAAAACAAGGACAGCUGCCAAAUGACACAUGGUGACAGCAGAUUAAGAGAAAUCCUAAGAGAAAGCCAGUGGGUGUCCACCAGCUUUUUGAGAAGUAGUGAAGAUACUAGUAGGCAACAAGACCUACCAUCAACACUGAAGUCUGCUGAAAAAACCCAAGAAGGUGUGCUUAAAGACUCCCCAUGCCACUCUGUAAAUCCCCUUUUAUAUCUUGGAGUAAGUGAUGAUUCCUGUCUUGUUCAUGACAUCCCCACUGCAUUGAAAGGACACACAAACCCAUCAAACCACACUGUUGGGACUGGAGCUGUUCUGCCUUACUAUGAAACAUUAGUGGAGAACAAGGUCUGUGUUGGUUUGCCCGUUACAGCCAACACGGUGGAAGAAGACAAGUAUCUUCCUGAUAAAACACAAAGUAAGGAUGUAGCUUUUCUGCAAACCAGGACCACACAGGGCAGGCAGGAGGAAGAAUCCUUUGUAUUUAACAGUGCACCUGAUUACGCUGUAUCUGGGCAACCUGUCCAUGAGAAGAGCGGCUCUUCCACUCCCUACAGUGCAGGUGGUCCUGAGUCCAAGACUGUUGCACUUCAGCAGGGGGAUGAAGGAAAUUCAUCUUCCUUGGAAAAAUUGGAUUCUUCUGAAGAUAGAAUUCAGGAUGCUAACAAUGCUCAUGAAGAACACAGUGUGGAUUCAGUGGCUAAUAAGCUGUCAAAAGACUGCCUUAAUUCCAUAGAAGAUACCGCUCAAGAUGGCAUUGUGCCUGAUUCGCUACUGUUGGAUAAUUUAAUUCUACUUCCUUCUUCAGAGAAAGAAGUGAUGGAAGAUCCAGGGAAGGAGGAAAUGCAUUCUUUACUAGAAAUCUCUUCUCAAAAAAUGUUUCCCAAUGUUAAUACAACUCAGAAAGCACUUCACUCAGGGAAUUCAUCACAGCAUGAUGAGGAGGAGACAUUUUUAAGCACAAGCUAUACUACAAACAACAGUAAAAAUGAAAGUGCAGAGUUUCCUGGUGUGGUUGGAUAUCAGCGUGAGCCCAGAGAAAAUCAGGGACAAGGGACUUCUGAAGAGUGCUGCAUAGACCAACCAGGCAGCACUGUUUCUGAGAAUGCUUCAGCCGUUUCAGAAAAGUUUCUAAAUUAUAAGAGGGACUCAGUCACUUCUGAACGUUCUCCUGGUCUCCUGAAUUGUUCUGCGUCAUUUGCAGAUGUUUUGAUUGCCAGCAGUGGAGAUGCAGGUAAAAAUGAUGGUGACUCUGCAGACACAAAAUACUUUGAAUCAAUGGAUUUAUGUGUAUCUGUAACUUCUCCUGAUGUCUCUCAGAAAGGAGAUGUAAGGAAAAAUAACUCUGCAGUUACAGAGGCCACAUAUGCCCAGAAUAAUAAAAUCCCUGAAAAAGUUGGGAGAGCAGAUCAAAAUGAGAAAACAAAUGAAGGUUCUUUCCAGAACUGCAUUGACAUAAAAAAAAUUGAAAUGCACGACUAUUCAGAACACUACCGUAACAAUUCUAGCAUGACUGUACCAGAAUCGGGCUCGCUUACUUUUCAGAGUCAAGAACAGACUGGCAGUAAAGAAUCAAUGUCUCUUGUGUCCUACUUUGCAGAAGAUACUCCAACUGAUACGCCAUUUCAAAGCUCCAAGAACUUCAGUGAUUUUGACUCUUCUUGUUUACUUGAUGUCUCAAAAUCUCUAAUAUUUAGUCAGCUGGAGCUGGAGGACUCGCUUCAAGACACUUUUUUGACUGAGCAAGUGUCCUCCAGUUCUGCAGAUGUGCUCUCCAUAAAAGAAGAUUUUUCCCAAGCAUUUGCAAGUGUCGAUGACCCAUCCCUAACGCCAUUCUCAGAAUCUUUAACUGCAGGGAUGGGCCAUGGUGAAACUGGCACAUACGGUAUUUCACAUACAAGUGUAUUGAAACAUCCUCCAUUGGCUGUUUUGCAAAUACAAGACACUCAGUCUGAUAAGGCUGUGGUAUUUGAUGAGCCGAUGCAUGCUUCAGGAAGUAUUUUACUUUCUCUUGCAAAAGAAAACAGGCAUUGUCCAGUGUCAGACACAGACUCCACUUCAUACAAAAAUUCUGCUCUAGAUGGAGAACCUGUAUACGGAAGUAAUCGUCAAAAAAUUGACAGUGGUAUAAAAGUUGAUCAGUACCACUGGGGUAAAGUCCCACCACAAGAAGCUUGCACAAAACACAUAGAGAAAGUACUAAAUGAUAAUUCUCUUUUAUUACCAUCGUUACCUUUUUGGGAUACUGGAAGGGCAAUUCUUGUCAAAGAGGGACAAAUAAGAAAAAAACUUAACAGAAAAGAUGAAGAAGUGCAUUCAAGUACUGAGGCUGACCAUUUUGCAGUAAAGACAGAGCAGAGAAAAACCUUAAGUAGAGAACCUGUUGAAAAGCAAACUAAUGUAUCCUCAAAUUCUACACAUGAAUUAAUAGGCCCAGAAGUUACAGCAUUGGAAAAUCUGUAUCCAGGAGAUGUUGAUGUGGAUCCUGAACAUACCUGCAAUUCAUUUAGUACAACACAUCCCACAUACAGCAGAAGCACCAAUCCCAGGCGACUGUAUCGUGCCGUCUUGGGUUUUGAAAAAACCUCUGCAGGUCCACAAGACAGCUGUCAGUAUGAGCCUACAGGUAAACAGAUAGAACAGGCUCCAGGUAUGACAAACACAGAUGGUAGAAAAGAGAUUUUACUUUGCAAAAAUAAUACAGGUUCAAGUGUUGAUAGCCGUGCUGAUGCAGACAGUGGCUCGACAAUGGGAGAUGCUAUAAUGAGGAAUACGACUCUGAAAUCAGAAAGACUAACAUUUUCUGUAAUGAAUAAUGAAAGUACCUCUGUAAAGUUUUUAACAGAAUACCAUGAUUUGCCUCCUCAAGAGUCCAAGUUGGUGCAAUUCAGGAGCAAAAGAUCAUACACUACUACACGGCAUACCGAGAGCUCUAAACAAAGUCAACAGAGGCCUUAUUUACAAAGCCACAGACUAUCAGCCCCUGCCAUUGCUGUGUUCUCUGAUCUAGAAGGUACUUUGGAAGCUUCAUCUAAGGCAGAUCCUUUGUUAUAUUCUGCCUCUAAAUCUCUACAAGAUUUAAAUAUGAGUGUAGAGCCUCCAUCCCCAACUGAAGAUGACCUUCAUGGAAUUGAAAGACUUUCAAAACAGGACUCAAAGAACUUUCUACAGGUUAGAUCUAAACCCCGAUUUCAGCAGAGAAUGGCACAAACAAAGAAGCUUGCAAACUGUGAUCUGAAGGGUUUACAAAAUUUUGCAGCAAGGACCCAAAGCAGCCAGUCUUUAAAAAACUCCACUACUCACCCUGCGUCAUCCUUACUGCACACAUCUCACAGUUCUGGGGGUGCAGAAGUAAAUAUCCAUUCAAAGAGUAGUUCUGUAGCUCAGUGUAGCGAAGGGAAAGUUGAAGAAGCUGGGUGUCAGCCAGAAACAGGUUUGUUUUUGCAAGACAAUAAAGAUGCAAUGCAUUUUAGUUCAAGUGACAUCAAUCCAUAUAUUCAUCCGUGGCAGCAAGAUGGAUCGUGCAAGAUUGGCUGGAAACAGUAUGUUUUUGGAAGUGCAAGUGAUGUCUCUUGCAAUCAAAUUCCUUUAAACCUGGAAAAUCGUAAAGUUAUGAGAUGUUCCAGUGUAGACAAUGGAUUGAACUCGCAAAAUUCUCCUUUUCAUUCUCAUCUCAGUUCGUAUGCUACAGCAAAAGUUUUAUCGAGCACUUUAAGCAGCAUUGAAGGUCUUCAGGGGUGGGACAGUGUCAGAGAAGGCUUUCAAUCUGCAUACUUAAGCAACAGCACCAAGCAGUAUAGCAAUGUAUCUAGUGAAACAUUGGAAACUAAUCCAGAAAAUAACGCUGCUGAAUUUGACAGUCCUUCUGCACAGCCUGGUAACUCUUCAAUGCAGGUUGAUGAAAUUGUACUGUUAUAUCCUUCUGAGUCGGAAAGGCCUUCCAAAAACCUACCAGGGAGUACAUGUGAGCAGGGAACACAAACGGCAACUACAGGAAGGUACAGAAGGCAGAGAAGACAUCAGAGAAGCUAUACAGAUGUUUCUGCAAGAAAGCAGGAAACAAACAGAGAAAUAUUUCAUCAACCUGCUUCAUGGACAAGCAUGCAGAACCUAUCCAUGCAUCUGUCACAGCUCCUUCAGAACACUUCUGAGUUACUGGGAAAUCUCUCCCAACAGAGUAUGCUAGAUACUGAGCAGAAUGCCAAAAUCAACGAAAGGAGAACGGAGGAGACUCUCAAGGCUACUAGAUCCGACAGCUGCACUCAGACUACGGCAGAUGUAGGCACUCAGACUGAAGUUUUGGAAGAAUGUCAAAGCAGACAUGAAGAAAAACAAGUGGAGGCAAAACCAGAAAAUGAACUGAGGGCAGCUGAGGCAGUAAAUGUUGACUGGAAAGGAACAGGUGUGGAUGCAGCAGGUAAUAUUCCCAAAAGGAAAGAGGAACCAUUGUCUCUUGAAGAAAGAGCACAAGAACGAACAGGGAUGAGAAAUCUGGGCAACCCUGAUUUCCGUGACAGUCUUGACAGCAUUUUUGAAGACUCCUUUAUGCGCCUGCCUCUUUUACCCAGAACCUCCACUCCUAUCUUAGAUUUUCAAAAAACGUUAUUAAAUGCACAGCAGAAUGUUGCUUUUGCAAGUACCAGAGUUUCGUCCGUCACAUCAUCUUCUCUGAGUUCAGGGCAAGAUGGUUCUUCGUGCACUGUAGUGAGCAGCCCUGCUUACAGCACCUCUCAGUCUCCAGCAUCUUACGCCCAGGAUAAAAGAAGUGUCAGUGAACUAGAGGUUCCAGCAGAAAGAAAGUUCUGUUACAAAAACGCCCUGCUAGUCGAUAGGGCCUCUUCCCCUAUUCUUACUCUCAGUGCUAGUCCCAGCAGCCGGACUGCUUUUAGCAAGGCUGUCUGCCCUAUUAAGGAACCCCUUGGAUGUCUCAGUGAUGUUUCACGUUCUCUUCCCAACCAGAGAAAGCAGAGGGCAGGUCUGCGGUCCAGCACGCAACCUCACGUGGACAGUUUUUCACAGACAGAAACAGACAGCGAAUCGAGCGCUUCUAGAGAAAACAACGGCAUAAGAAAGAAAUCCGGAAGUUUCUCCGAUAAGAAAGCAGCCAAAGAGCUUUUAGGACAGGAUGGUUCAAAAGACUUGGAAGAGCAGCACAGACUCACGGUUGGCACUCACACUACCAUCUGUGCAAAACGGCUGUAUCACUCCAGUAGUACGUUAGAGGUGUCGGGCCACAGGGAAGUUUUAGCAGGUGAUCUCCAAGACCGCGGUCCGCUGGCACGUUCACUUCGCUGUAUGUAUGUCACAAGGGGAGGAAGAGGUUCUUCAGCCGGAAUCGGAUACGAAAAAUAUGUUGGUAAUUCUGAUAGUGCUUUGAUUCGUCACCACUCGCCUCCUAACACUGACUUGCUUUUUAAUAAGAUUAGUGCCGCUUGCUCAAGUAAGGCAAAUGCUGGCACGUCCUCAGAACCUCUGGAAGAGGCAUCUUCUCUACAAUUUCACGAUUUCUUCUGGAAAAAUGCAAACAGGUGCCCUCCCCUGCUGUCUGAUGUGAGUGAUGUGCAACCUUCCUUCCAAGACGACACCACAGAUUCCGUCACUGGAAGUGAAUGUGAGACUGAAAUUACUCUCAGCAAAAAUAACGCUUUCGCAAAGCCUUACAGGCCUCGGAGCUACAGCCUCCGUGACUUGCCCAUACACAAUAAAUUCAGCAACUGGUGUGGUGUUAAGGGCAGCCCUCCUCCUUCCUUACUCAGCUGGAGUGGCAGUGUGGGCGAUCUACGAAGUCAGGCAGAAAAGACACCUAGAAGCACACGGGCAACGGAAGUGGAAGGGAUGUCCCAGCUUUGCGACAGCAGGAGCAGAGAGAUCGAGAGACUUCAGAGAGAGCGCGCUCAGAUCAUGGCUGGCAUUCACCUGGACCUGCAUCAGCAUCCUCUCACUGUGGAGCUGACGGAAGCAAAGCUCAAUUACGGCAUCGGGGAAACGGACGCCCUGCUGAGGGUCCUCCAGAGCGGGACUGCAGAUGACCUGGUGGCAAUUCCAGUAAAGCAGCAACUUUAUGAAAGACACUUGAGGACUAUUGAAACUCUGAGGAAGGAGAGAGAAAAAAGGCUGCAAAAAUACCAAAGAAGCAGAAGUCUGAGCCCUCAAAAGCAUUUGAGUCUGUUGCAGACGCUGGAUGCGAGUCAGAGGGAUCUAGAUCUCCCCAGCAGACGCCGAGAAUAUCUGCAGCAACUGAGAAGAGACGUGGUGGAAAAUACCAG